AUGCAAGAUAGCCUCCACAGCGCGCUCAAAGAAGCGAGCAUUGGGCCCUAUGACUUUGCCUGGCUGCUAGAGCGAGUCGCUGACUUUGGCCAGGAGCCGGCAACCUUCAAUGGAACCAGUGACUGGAAGCCGGAGGCCCCGCCCAAGCCUGUGCAGCUGCUCGUGCCGGAGAUGAUCCUCUUCAAUGAGGGGACACUGCAGGCAUUUUUCUUCACGGACUGUGCGGGCUUCCUGCGGGGCUCCAGGAGAGCCCUGAAGCAGCCAUAUGUGGUCUACCAUUGCAUGGAGCAAAUCAUGAAGCAGCGCAAGCUUGACAUUGAUCUGCCCCUGCUCCUUCGCGACACGGACCUCGAGCGGACGUUCACACCGGGAGAGUCGCGCCGCUGCAGCCGCAGCAGCCGGGAGAGUGAGUCACGGCGGAAGCCGCGGAGCACGGUGUUCGCGAAGGCGCAAGUGCGACGCUGGACGCUGUGGGUGGGCAGCGCCAAGCAGCGAGUCCCGGAGACGGAGGUGGCCGAGCGACUGGCAGGAAUCCGAAAUGUACCCUGGCCCUCUGGCACCCGACUGCUUCAAGCAAGCUUCUGGAGCUCGGAGAAGUUCAUCGUGUAUGACUACGAUGCCCUGCGGAGUGAUGUCAAGGGAGCAAUCCACGGGCGCCUGGACGACAUCAUCAACAACCAUUUCGAGCGCUUCACCUUCCUGGACUCAGUGAGGGACCGGAACAAGAUCUCAGCGGUGCCCAACUUGCUGGCGCAGCACCUGGGAUAUCACUGCAAUCUGGAGCUGGUGUCUGGCAAGUUCACCUUCUACAAGGACUCCAAGGCCCAGCUUUGGCUCUGCGACGCCUCGCAUCUCUUCCUGGCGCCCUCCGUGUCGCGGGGAAAGAGCAACGCCUUCGAGGCGCUGCCUCAGAAGAUCUUCCGCUACUUGUCCGAGGAGGCUCUGCAAAACUUGCCGGUGGAGGAUUCAGAGGGGCUGAAGCAGCAGCGAAUGUUUGAGUUGAUGAUCUCGGACUAUGAAGCCAUGAAAGUGCAGUUUGGCAUGGACCGAAUGCUGCGGAAAGUUCAGCAAGAGCUGGACACCAACAUUCCAGUGCUGGAGGGCACUGACGUCGAGGCGUUGAGCCGCACUUUCGACCUGAACUGCGGGCCCCGGAAGCAGACUGCGGCGACGCGGCGCUUUGAGGUGCAGGCGCCCCCCAGGCAGCCCAUUGGCAGGUGCCGCUGGUUCCCAGCGCAGGAGCCCAAAGAAGUGCGGCAGAAUCCCCGGGCCAAGAUCCUGGCCAGAGGACGGCAAAUGCAGGCACCGCCGGGGGCGAGAUCCCACGCCCAUUUGGGUUGA